AUGUCUUCCCAGAAUCUUUUCCGUCAGCAACCUGAAGUGGGAUUGGCCUCUUCUAUCUUGACUCUGGAAGCUAGAAGCCGGAAGUGCCAGACCUGCCAGGGGGCCUUUCUGGAGCACUAUGCCCUUUCAGUCUUCGAAAAGUAUACAACCAACAUGACCCUGGGCAGCAAGGAGGUGAUCCUGAACCUCUAUGAUACAACAGGUCAGGAAGACUAUGACCACCUUCGUCCACUAUCAUACCAGAACACUCACUUAGUCCUGAACCCCAUCAGCUAUGACAAUGUGCUCAUUAAGUGGUACCCUGAAGUCAUUCACUUCUGCCAUGGGACACCCAUGGUUCUCAUUGGCUGCAAGACCAACUUGGAAAAGGACAAGGAGCAGUUGCGGAAGCUCCGAGCGGAUGACCUAGAACCCAUCACCUAUGCCCAGGGUGAGAGUGCCUGCUGGCAGAUGAAGGCAGCUCUGUACCUGGAGUGUUCAACCAAGUUCUGGGAGAACGUGGAUGACAUGUUCCAAGAAGCCACCAAGGUUGCCCUCAAGAAGGCCCAACAAAAGAAGAAAUGGCAUAUCUGUCUGCUGCUUUAG